AUGAAAUUUCUCGGACUCGUUGCUGCGAGCGGCUUGCUGGCCAGUGCUCCAUUCGCGGGAGCCAACCCAAUUCCCGAGACCUCCAACAAACCUCAAUACAUUAAGUUAGACUUGGACAAGUCUAGAGCAGAACCAGUUAUCGGCAGUGAUAAACUAACUAAUGAGUUGAUACAGCUAGAAAGGGCAGGCAGUCAUCCUGUUCAGAUCGACAUCAAAAACAGAGAUGUAUACUACUCGGUCAAUGUCAGUAUUGGUACACCUCCACAGGAGAUAACCGUGCUAAUCGACACUGGGUCAAGUGAUUUAUGGGUUGUAGGUUCCGACGUGAAAUGUAGUCCUACUGAUCCAAGUGACCCAACUUGUAAAGCAUUGGGUACCUAUGAUAAAACUAAGUCAUCUGGCUGGUCAUCUAAUAAUACUAAGUUUUCCAUUGAAUACCUCGACGGUAGUUACGGUAUAGGUGAAUGGGGUAUGGAUGCCAUUAAUAUGGAUGGUGUCAAAGUUGAUGGCUUAACCUUCGGUGUGGCAAACGAAUCUUCCACCUCAAUUGGUGUGUUGGGGAUCGGUCUACCAGAAUUAGAAUCCACAAGUGAUGAUAAUCCACCACACUAUUAUGAUAAUUUACCUUUAUUGUUAAAGCGUAACGGUGUUAUUGCAAGGAACGCAUACUCCCUUUACACUAACCAAUUGGACGCUAAAUCAGGAUCUAUUCUUUUCGGAGGUGUUGACCAUGCUAAGUACACUGGCCAAUUAUACACUGUCCCAAUUGUUAGCACUAGAAGGGGCACUUCUAAACCAUCCGCUUUGGCUGUUUCAAUGAGUGGACUAGUCUACAGUUCUGGGGGCAAAAAGACUAAUGCUGUGACCACACAAAUUCCUGCUCUAUUGGACAGUGGUACCACACUAUCCUACUUCCCACAGGAAAUGGCUGAUGGUAUUGCAAAAGCUGUAGGUGCUACAUGGGAUAAUAAAGUUAAGGCAUACCUUGCUAAAUGCCCUGCUGACAACGACAAAAGUACAUUCGAUUUCAACUUUAGUGGUGUUCAAAUUAGUGUCCCUAUCCAAGAUUAUGUUUUGGAAGCUGUUAGCCCCGGUGUCUGUGCUUUCGGUUUCAUGCCUUACAACAAUAGAAUCGCUAUUUUGGGUGACAUAUUCUUGACUGCUGCUUACGUUGUCUACGACUUGGACAAGCUAGAGAUCUCCCUAGCUCAAGCUAAAUACAAUGCUGGUGAAAAAAUUGAACCUAUUAUCACUGAAGUCCCAGGCGCCAAGAAAGCCCCAGGCUUUUCUAACGCUUUGAACUUCUAA